AUGUCGGACUUGUUCGUGAACCUCGAGGCCCCCAACGGCGUCAAGUAUAAGCAGCCGACCGGUCUCUUCAUCAACAACGAGUUUGUUCCUGGCUCAUCGAAGCAAAAGAUUACAUCCAUCGACCCUGCCACCGAGAAGGAAAUCGCCACAGUUCACGCAGCCAGUGCCGACGAUGUAGAUAAGGCUGUGAAGGCCGCCCAUGCCGCUUUCCAUGCACCCUCAUGGAAGAAGAUGCCCCCUCCUCAGCGAGGCGCUCUUAUGAACAAGCUCGCCGACUACAUUGAGGAGCGCACACAGAUGUUCGCUACCUCUGAGGCCUGGGACAAUGGUAAGAUUUACGCCGAUGCUGAGGGCGGCGACGUUGUCGAGGUCAUCAACACUAUCCGCUACUACGCCGGCUGGGCCGACAAGAUCACGGGACAAACCAUCACCGCCAACCCCAACAAGCUCGCAUACACUCUCCGCCAACCCCUCGGUGUAGUCGCCCAGAUCAUCCCCUGGAACUACCCUCUCGCCAUGGCCGCCUGGAAGAUCGGUCCUGCGCUAGCAUGCGGUAACACCAUCGUUAUGAAGGCCGCUGAGCAAACACCACUCAGCAUACUUCUCCUCGGUCAGGCUUUCAAGGACGUCGGAUUCCCUCCUGGUGUUUUCAACGCUCUUAACGGUUAUGGUGGCGAGGCCGGUCCUCCCCUGGUCCAGCACCCUCUUGUUGAGAAGGUUGCCUUCACUGGCUCAACUGCUACGGGUGCUAAGAUCAUGGAGAUGGCCUCCAAGACCCUCAAGAACAUUACCCUUGAGACGGGUGGCAAGUCGCCUCUCUUGGUCUUCUCCGACUGUGACCUCGAUGAGGCUGUCAAGUGGUCACACAUGGGCAUCAUGUCCAACCAGGGCCAGAUCUGCACAGCUACUUCUCGCCUAUUGGUUCAGGACAAGGUCUACGACGAAUUUGUCCAGAGAUUCAUCGAGACCACCAAGACUGUCAGCAAGGUCGGCCACCAAUGGGAUUCCGAGACCUAUCAGGGUCCCCAAGUCUCUCGACAGCAGUACGACCGUAUUCUUGAGUAUAUAAAGAUUGGAAAGUCUGAAGGCGCUACUCUGCUCGCUGGUGGCCAGCCUGUCGAUGCCUCCAAGAAGGGUUUCUUCGUCCAGCCCACCGUCUUCGGCGACGUGCACCACCAAAUGCGAGUCUUCCGCGAGGAGAUUUUCGGCCCUGUCGUUGUCAUCACCAAGUUCAGCAGCGAAGAGGAGGCUCUCAAGCUCGCCAACGACUCUACAUACGGUCUCGGCGCAGCUGUCUUCACCAAGGACGUGGAGCGCGCGCACCGCGUCGCUGCUGAGAUCGAGGCCGGUAUGGUCUGGAUUAACAGCACACAAGACAGCGAACCCUACAUCCCCUUCGGUGGUGUCAAGCAGAGCGGUAUCGGUCGUGAGCUCGGUGAGGCUGGCCUCGAGGCGUACAGCAACACAAAGUCCGUACACGUCAACCUUGGUUCUCGUCUUCCUAAUCAAUCUAUCAUCCGUUAUCGAUCAUCACAAUAUCCAAAAAUGUCGGCUCUGCCUCCACCCAACUAUUCCGACUUGGAAUUGCCCUCCUACGAUACCACUGCUGCUCCCAACUACACAACCCCCACCACUAUAACCCGCCCCAAAGAUUCAAUUCUCGGCCCUGCAACGCUCUUCAUCGCAGGGCGCUUCAUCUACUCAACCAACCCCCAAGACCCUCCACUCUACGAAUUCUCCCACGACAUCAGCUACCUCCACGAUAACGAUCGCAAUGUCAAAGUCGAGCGCAUAGAUCCCGUUACAAAGACAUCCGCCGGUCUGCCCCAGGUCGUGCUAAAAAAUCGACACCUAUUCGAUCUCAAGCAUCCCACUGCUGCCGAGUUCCCGUCUUUUCCGUACCAUGCCGAAGCCACCUCACAACGAGCGCUGACAAGCUUUGGGGUGUCAUGUUUUCGCUCCGGUAAUAUUCUGCGACAGCUCAAAGGCUUUCGGUUCGAGCGGAUGGUGAGAGGGCCAGGUCCGAGAGAAAUCCAGGAUGAACAAGGCCAUAUAAGUCUAUUCGUUACAGCAGAGAUGACCCAGGAACUUCGCGAUGCGCUCGUUACCGCGUGGGUGAUCCGGAUAUGGUCCGAGUUGUCAAAUGGAAACAAGUCGGCGACUCGUCUAAUGAUGGUGGGCUCUCGUCCAUAA